AUGAAUGCCCUGAGCCGCCGACUAUCUGACACGGCGCCAAAAUUGCCCGAUUCGGCUUGCGACUACCAAUAUCCAACCACAUCCAACCACAUCCAACCAGAGCCAACCAGGGCUGCAUCGUUGGUUUCACACCCGACAUUUCUGCAGCUGCAGAACCAGUACGGGACUGCAGAAAGGGUGUUCCUGUGCCCUGGAGGGGCCUGGUCGGGUCUCUAUGGUUUCAAUCUUCAGCUUGGGUUGGCGGUUGGGUGGUUCAGUGUAGAGGACAACAACCCAGCCCGUUACCUCAGGAUGUCGGUUCUACAGCACGGAAUUAUCUUGGUCUCAACUUCUUUAUCUUUGCUAGCGCUGGCACUUGCAAUACCAUUCACACCUUCAGCCGCAUUGGACAUUGUACGGCGCGGCAGCGGUUCAUGCCCCCUGGAAAACUUCACAACUUGCGCAGACCCUAAAGCUCCGCCUAAUUUCUGCUGCCCUCCGGCGACAAAAUGCAUUACUUUGAAUUACGGUGAUUCCAUGGUAUGUUGCCCAGCUGGCGCGAACUGUUUACAGUGGACGCUAGGUUCAUGCGAUCCUGGGAAGUACGACCCCGAGCACGAGCCUAUGUCCAUAUAUAAAUCAAAGCGACCAGACAUAGCGCUCCAGAGAUGUGGGGAUAAGUGUUGCCCUCCUGGCACUGGAUGUAAGGAAUCCAAAAAUGGUGUUUUAUAUUGUCAAGUUUCGUUCCCGGAUGCAGCUUUUCCACCAUUUCCAGAUGAUAAAGGCCGCAGUUCCUCUACACCUCAGCUUCCAACGUCACUAUUACCGUCGCAAACUGGCGUCCAGACAGAGACAGGCCCUACUUCUCCGCCUACUUCCACUGGCAGACAAGGCCCGGAUAUUAUCCCAAUUUCAACGUUGGGUCAACAACCUACCACAACAUCCACAGCCACCCACAAUAUCAAGCACACAGACCCGCCACCCAAAGAAUCCAAAUUCCCCCCUAUUGCAAUCAUUGUCGGCCUCAUUCCCGGCCUUGUAGCUGGCAUAAUCUUGGCCCUGGCAGUCUUCUACCUCUAUAAACGCCACCAAGAGAGACGUUUCGUCCCCUCACCCAUGUCGAAAUUCAGCCAUUUCCGCGAAAAGUCCUGCGAAAAGGGCGUAGUCUCCAUCUCCGAUCCCAUUCCCUCCGCAGCACAGGAUUCCGUCCGGACAGAUUUCCUGCGCCGCCAAGCCAGUCUUGUAAAGGAGGAUGAUAACAGUACGAAAUCGAAAUUCCGCCGAACUAGCGCGCGGGUAAAGAGUUUCUUUGGACCCAGGCCUACCGCAGAUGAUAUUGCGACAAUGCCGAUGUCGACUACUAUGUCCAACCGGGAUGCAGGGCCGAAUGGUGUCGGUGGCCGCCGCAGUGGUGGUGGAGCAGGACGCGAGCCCAGCACAGAGAGUAUAAAAGUUUUCAGCCCCGCACACCUACGCCCGGCUCAACUCGGGGAGUUAUACCAGUCUGUUGGAAACGGCAGACCACAAACUACAUUUUCCGAAAUGAUGGAACGCGUCGGGUUCCAGAGCAAGAAUGGCAGUCCGUAUUUCUCAGUCACAACGACACCGCCUCUACCACAGGUACAGACGCCGCGGGGUAGGGUAUAG